AUGUCUAACGAAAACAAAAAAUCUCAACAAAAGCGCCUGAGAGUGGAUAUUCCAUCUGAUCUCGACUUGGACCGAGUAUACAACCCGAGGUACCCGGUGCUUCAAUUGAUGUCCACCAGGCGUAAACCUCGUCCGGCGGGAAAUCCUCCCAGGCCGCCGAAUUCCUACUUUUUGCUCAAGAAUUGCUAUAUGCUUGAGGUUCGUUCCCUCGGGCUCAAAUAUACAAUGCCCGAGCUAUGCAUCCAAUCCAGGCGCGUCUGGAAAGAGUGUCCGCAAGAGGUCAAAGAUCGUUAUGAAGUUCUUCAACAUCAAGUUCAGUGCAUUCACAAUGAACUGUAUCCGGGAUAUAAAUUUCGUCCCAAAAAAAGAAAGACUUUUAAGAUGCACGUCUUUCCUGACAAUAAUAAAAUGAGCGACAAUAUCUCGUCGUUCAGUACAACGAAUUACCUAAACUCGAGCCCUUCGGAUUACCUCCCGUCCGAGUCCGAAUGUUCUCCUGUAAUCCCUGGAGAAGAUUUCGGCCCCAAAACGCCCGAAACCCUCGAAACCCUCGAAACCCAAUCAAUAUCAUCUUCAUCAGACGAAAACACUGAUUCAAGUGCAGGCUUGGAAAAUGAAAUGUUCGAGGUUUCUCAAUAUCACUAUCUAUUCGAUGCCCCCUACCCAUCCGGAAGCUACGGUUUCGCAGAAGCACCGUACGAAGUGUACACCUACCCUGACGAGUGGAUAAACAUAUUCACUCCACAACCUUAUCAAAGUAUUGAAUUCCGUAAUUUUUAA